AUGGGUGAUAGUGCUACCCCCGAAGCCCCUUCUCACCCUCCAGUGGAACGUUCGCGCGAGGAUGGCCGAGAGCGAAAGCUGCUUCACUUCAUCUAUGACCAACCCAACCGUGACGAGAUCCAGGGCAACCCAGCAAAGGUCCUAGAUCUGAUCGAAGAGUUCGGUAAAACUUACCACUUCAUGAACAUCGGUAGGGCCAAGGGCAAGUUCAUUAUCGACAUCAUCGAGGAAAAGAAGCCCGAAGUUAUGAUUGAGCUUGGUGGCUAUGUUGGCUAUUCGGCCAUUCUGUUCGGAGAUGCCGUGCGCCGGGCUGGCGGACGACACUAUUAUAGUUUAGAGUUGAACCCCGAGUUCGCGGCCAUCGCGAACAUGCUGCUUGAACUGGCGGGCUUGCGCGACUUUGUUACAAUUCUCGUCGGUCGAAGCGAUUUGUCCCUUGACAAACUUUUCUCGAGUGGUCAUGUCAAACACGUUGAAGUGAUGCUAAUUGAUCACUAUAAGCCCGCAUAUACGGCCGAUCUGAAGCUCUGCGAGCAGCUCGGCAAGAUCGUCCCCGGGGUUUCGGUUGUGGUGGCGGACAACGUGCUCUACCCCGGCAACCCGCCGUAUUUGGAGUAUGUCCGCAGCACGGUGGAGCAGAAGCGUGAAGCGGCCAAAAAGGGGCCGGUCCAAGCAUACGACACUACCAACCUGCCACAGAGAUCAGUCGGGUCAUUCAUGCCUGCGGAUGCGACGCCCAGCUUUGAACUCACCGGGAACCCGAACCUGGUGUAUGACAGCAAAUUGGUCAAACCCGAGACCACACGAGUGAGUUUACCCGGUAUUUCCGAGGAGCGGGGUGGGAAUUUCACUGACAUGCGAGUUCUGUAG